UCGAAAGUCAGUAAUAAUCGUUCAACUUUAUUUUUAGGCUCCGAUAUAUUGGCAUCUAAAAUGGAUUCUCCACCACCUUAUUCUAAAGUUUGUAGCAGUCCAAGCGGUGUUGGGAAAGUAUCGUCAAAUGCGUCUGUUGGGUCGGCUAGUUCUCGGACAUUUACUCCCAUGCUUCCACCUAUAUAUGGGCCAUAUCCUGUUGAAAUGGACUGUUGUAAAUCUCGUAUUCUUACCAACACUGCUACUUCGAUUGGUGCUCUCGUUUGGAUCAUUUGCAUGUUGUGUUUCUUUUUGGGAGGGUGUGGUCUCAUCUGCUUUUUUUUCUGUUGGGUUCCUUUUUUCAUUGAGGACUGUAAGGAUAUUGUUCAUACUUGUCCGUCAUGUAAUAUCUAUCUAGGGAAGUAUUCUCGUCUAUAG